GUGAUGCAGUGUACUCCAGUAAAGAAAAUACAAGUUGUGUUGAACUCGUAUCAUUGUGUUUCUUUUCUUUACUCUACUACCUAACAAUUUGGGGAUGAGGAUGGCCGUUCCCCUGCCCCCACCAUUCCUUCAGUUUCCCGGCGUGCUGACGCUUCCGUUCAGUAUGUGGCUGCAAAUGUUUGAGAAUUACCUGCUUGUAAUCCGUGCGGAGGGGGACAAAUGGCCAGAUACCCGAAUCAAAGUCCAUUCAUCGGCAUCUAGUGUGCUGGCAGUGUCAAGCCCUACAGAGCCUGUAUUUGGCUGUGUGAAAAACUUUGUGCAUAAAGUAAAGCUGAGAGAUGACAUUUCACCUGUCCAGCAGAGGCUCCGUCGUCUGCCCUUUUCUGUGAGGGAUGCAGUAUCUGCUGAGCUGAAAACCCUCCAAGCAGCUGGCAUAAUUGAAAAAAUCGAUGCAUCACCUUGGGUGUCACCAAUCGUCGUGACUCAGAAGAAGUCUGGUGGCAUCAGGAUGUGUGUGGACCUCAGAGAACCUAACAAAGCAGUCGUUGUUGACAGCUACCCACUACCACAAACUGAAGAACUAUUUUCACAGCUGCGGGGCUCUACAAUGUUUUCUACAAUUGACCUUGCGAACGCUUACCACCAGGUCCCAUUGCAUGAGGAUAGCAGAGACCGAACUGCUUUUAUUACUCAUGAUGGCCUUUUCAGGUACAAGUGAGUAUGUUAUGGAUUAGCCUCAGCACCAGCAGCUUUUCAAAAACUAAUGACAACUGUUCUCAAAGGUCUCCCUGGUGUCCAGUGCUAUUUAGACGACAUAAUCGUUCAUGGUUCCUCAGCCUUGGUCCAUGAUGCUCAUCUGAAAGCAGUGUUACACAGGCUACAAGAUGCAGGUUUACACCUGAACAGAGUAAAGUGCGAUUUUCGUCAGGAGAAGCUUUCCUUCUUGGGUCAUACUAUAGGAAGAGAUGGCAUCCUGCCUGAUGAAACACACAUUGAAGCCAUACGGGAUGCUCCUGCGCCUUCUGAUGCCCCAAUGCUCAGGUCAUUCUUAGGCCUUACAGCCUGGUAUGCUAAAUUCAUCCAGAACUACGCCUCAGUUGUCGAACCAAUGAGAGAUGUGCUAAGAGAGCCUACUACUUUCAAAUGGACUGACAAAGCACAACAGAGCUUUCAGAAAGUAAAAGAGCUCAUUAACAGGAAUUCUGCGCUGGCUUUAUUUGACCCAGCCCUUCCUACCAUUGUUUCAACAGACGCAUCUGACUAUGGCAUUGGUGGAGUUUUAUCUCAGCUCCAUCCAGACAACACUGAGAAAACUGUGGCCUUUGCCUCUUGCGCACUGACACCAACAGAGAGGAAAUACUCAGUGGUGGAAAAAGAAACAUUGCCAUGUAUCUGGACUACAGAGCGAUGGUGAACGUACUUAUGGCGUACAAAAUUCACGUUAAAGACAGAUCAUCAGGCUUUAACCACAUUGCUGCCACCAGAGGCAUGGGACGUGCUGGCUUGAGAAUUGCCCGCUGGUCUGCCAGACCUCUGUGCUUUAACUAUGAUAUUGCUUACAGGCGAGGUGUAGACAACCGAGCAGCUGACUGCUUUUCACGCCUGCUGCUACCCAAUAAAGAGGACUCUACCCUUGAUGCCGAACCUGAAACUGUGGCUGCCAUCUCCACACUACUCUCCGCUGUCUCUGUGUCUGUAUUUUGCUGCUGCCUGCUCUUCUGUUCCUGAGUUAAGUACACUACGCACUUACAUUACAAGUGGUUGGCCUUCCAAAGCUUCACACUUACCUGUGGACAUGGUUCCAUAUUUCCAUGUCAGGGAUGAACUCACCAGUCAUAAGGACUUGAUACUUCGGGGAAGUCACAGACUGCUUGUGCCACUCAAUCUUUGUUCACACAUGGUCAGUUUAGCUCAUGAAAUCCAUCAGGGCAUCGUUAGAACUAAACAAAGAUUGAGGGACUUGUAUUGGUGGCCUCGAAUGGACUCACUUGUGCAAUCCACCAUUGCAGCCUGUGUGACAUGCCAAAUGAAUGACAAGACUGCAAGAACGGCACCUGCUCCGCUGACUCCAGUAGAGUACCCUGAUGGCCCCUGGAAAAAACUUGCCAUGGACAUAGUAGGUCCUUUUGAAAUUGACCCUGCUGAGUGCAAAUUUGCUCUUACAUUGGUAGACUACUACUCCAAAUGGCCAGAAGUGGCGUUUGCUCCACAAGUGACUGCACGCACUGUUACUGCUUUUCAGUGCUCUGUCUUUAGUCAGAAAGGGAACCCUUAGGAGCUUGUCACAGAUAACGGGUCACAGUUUCUCUCAUCUGAGUUUGCUUCGUUUCUCAAGGACAGAGAUGUUAAGCAUAUUCGCUCGUCAAUAUAUCACCCUCAAGGAAAUGGGGCUGUUGAAAGAUGAAACAAAGUUCUUAAGCAUGCUAUACUCACAGCAGAAAAAGAGAGGAAGCCAUGGAAGGAAUCCAUCACAAAAUUUCUGCAAACAUAUAGAGCUACUCUUCACGCAACCACUGGAACAUCUCUGUUCGAACUCCUUUUUAGAAGACAGAUGAGGAUGAAGCUGAAUGUCCUCCAGCUGACUGAGAUGGGCCCAGAAAAUGAGGAAUUACAAAAACGAGUGCAAGAACAGCAACAGAAAAUUAAAACCUACACAGAUUCCAAGCGACAUGCGCAAACACCCAGGUUCAAGGAAGGGAAUUUUGUGCGUUUGAGAAAGCCAAUUCAUGUGAAGAAAGGGAGGUCAAGAUUCACUGAGCCUCUCCAAAUUGCACGGAAGAGUGGAACGCAUAGUUACCAGCUCACUGAUGGUCGUGUGUGGGACGCCUCACGUCUGGCUAUGCUGCCUGCAGAAUUCAGCUUGUCUGCUGAAGAGCAUAACAGUUCUAUUCAACAACCAAGCCCCAGUAUUGUCAACACUGGAACUGAAAGACCUGCUAGACGGGAGCCCAUAUGGCUGAAGGACUAUGUGACCAAGUAAAGUCGGUCAUGCACUACUAGUUGUGUUGUGGUAUAAAACCUGACUGAUUAGUUUUUUUGCGUGUUUUGCUUAUGUUUACUUUAGCAACACUCUGUUCACCAGUUAAGUAGAUCAAAAUUACAUUUUUGGUUGGUAACCAAUACUUAUUUUCUAGAUGGUAUAAUACUUUUUGUGAGAGGAAAAUGUUAUGUUCUAAAUCAGAACCUCCACUAGGAGUCACUAUGUAAGUGCAGGAGGAAAGAGAGAA